CCUACUUCUACUGUGAUAGGAAGGUAUGACAAACUUGAUAGUUAAAAUCAGGUUUUGAGUGAUGUACAGACCGGUUUGACAUAUGUGAUAGUGCUUGCCAUGCACAAAUUGAGAUCCGGUGUAUUCGUAUGCUGUAGCGCACUCGCGGCCCUUGUGUACGCACUUGUGAACUAUAUGAUCAUACAGGCAGAAAUAUAUACAUUUCGUAUCGUUUUAUUUAAAAUAUCCCCCAAAAUAUUUGCGCUGAUAGUUGUCCAUACGAACCUCACGAAGACCCGCUUGUUAAAACACGUUACAAUUCAAUCGUUACUUCUGUAUACUAUCAGCCUCGACUUAUUGUGAUGGCAAAUAACCACUACCAACCUACUGAACGCGCGAUGUAUUUGUGCAAAAUGAAUAUACUAAAGGAACAACUACACCUGCCGCUAACGACGGCAGAAUUUCAAAUGAAGUCCGUGGUAGACGAUGUGCUGGUACGGAUACUGCUAAAGGACACCAUCUCAGCUACCACUGGGCAGGUGGUGACCACCUUACCCGCGCGAGAGCCCGUCGUGAGUCGGAACACGCGCAACACCAAUAUAAAUAAGAAUCUCGAUAGUAAUACAAAUACAAGCACACACACAGGUGCAAAUAAGGAUACGAGUGCCGGUGGCUCGAUGCAAUCUGGAAUACAAACACCUGCCGUGGGAGUGGGGGUCGGGGCGGGUGGAGCCAGGAAAAGGAGAGCGAGGUCAAAUUCCUUCCGGAACUCUCAUCACCAUGAAGAGGUGGUAGGGUCGCCCAUGUUCAUGCCAGCGGAUACAGGCAGCUCAGAAGGACAAGUAUAUCCAAUACCCGCCGCAAUGCCCGCGCAAAUAACUGCUAUCUCCGCAAAAGGAGUCUUCGAGCAUCAGCCGCCUUGCGCUCUGCAUGUUGACACGGCUACAUCACACUCCCAAGAUUUGUCAUGAUAAUAUAGACGCGCACUUAAAUAAAAUCAUACGCU